AUGUAUUCCUGCCUACGCGACACCUCCCCUCGCACAUCCUCUUCCAAGCUCUUCGUCGCGGUGUUUCCCGUCCUCGACGCCGCUGUCCGGGCCCGCCACGCCUCGCGCUUCUUCCCCUCCGCCUGCAGCCACUCCCACCGCGACAUUCGCCCCUUUGACCCUUUGACGGACUCUCAAUGGGCUCUGGUGCGUAAUUCACAGACUACACUCCAAGAAACCAGCAUGGAAACGUGCAUUCGCUGCGACGAGCGUUGGUUCAAUCUGAAGUGCGGCAAAAAGGGCUCCUUCCGCGGGGUUUGUCGUAAGUGUCGCACCAAGGAUAAACAGGAGGAUCGGAAGGAGAAUCCGUCCGAGCGGACCUACUUUUACAGUCAGCGCAACAAUAUGCGCUCUGACGAUGUCCCAUCGCACCUCCCCGUCCUUACCCAGGUGGAAGAGAUGCUUAUCUCUCGCGUUCACACCAUCAUUGAAGUCCGCCAGGUCCGUGGCCAGAAGUAUUUCUACCGCGGUCACGUGGCGUAUUUCCUGGUCGAUAUACCGAGAGUCUACGACCGCCUCCCGCUACUCCCUUGCGAGCUCGAGCUUGGAGGCGGCUUCUUCCCCCCUAGACGCCGAUGCGUGAGGCUUGAGCGUUGCCAUUGGGGACGGCAGUUCUAUGCCUAUUCCCUAGAUACAUUGGCCAUCUGA